AUGGCGUACAACGGCCACAACGAUGGCUACAAUAGCCAUGGCAUGCAGGACCUCAGCCAAAACCCAUCAGGCUACCACCUGCCCCCUGAAAACGAGCAGGACGACGAAGCACAGCGAUCCCUUCUGAGUCAAGGCUCAACCAUGUACGAGCAAGAUCGCCUCGGGGGCACUGCCACCCCUCCUGCCCGGCCCGUCUCCGCAUACAGCUUGACCGAGUCCUACGCUCCCAACGCCGCCACCACCGUGCCUGGCUCUGGCGGCCCCGGUGGCUACAGCAACGAGUACGGCGGAGCCGCUGGCUUCAACUCCGACUUCCCCACUGGAGAUCCCGGCCACCCUCCUUCCACCGUCGGCGACGAGGACAGCUGGCUCAACCGCCAACAGGUGCCUCAGGGAGGCGGUUUGGGUCGCUCCAAGACCAGGAGGGUUAAGCUGGUUCAGGGUUCAGUCCUGAGUAUCGAUUACCCCGUGCCCAGUGCUAUCAAGAAUGCCAUUCAGCCCAAGUACCGAGAUGUCGAGGGCGGCAACGAAGAGUUCACCAAGAUGCGUUACACGGCCGCAACAUGCGACCCCAACGACUUCACCCUCAAGAACGGUUACGACUUGCGACCUCGCAUGUACAACCGUCACACCGAGCUUUGUAUCGCCAUCACCUACUACAACGAGGACAAGGUCCUCCUCGCCAGAACCCUCCACGGUGUCAUGCAAAACAUCCGAGACAUUGUCAACCUCAAGAAGUCCACCUUCUGGAACAAGGGUGGUCCAGCAUGGCAAAAGAUUGUCGUGUGUAUGGUCUUCGACGGUAUCGGAAAGACAGACAAGAACGCACUAGAUGUCUUGGCCACAAUUGGUAUCUACCAGGACGGUGUGAUCAAGAAGGACGUCAACGGCGAGCCCACCGUCGCCCAUAUCUUCGAGUACACGACGCAAUUGUCCGUCACUCCCAACCAGCAGCUUAUCCGGCCCCUCGACGACAGCCCUCAGACCCUGCCCCCAGUGCAGAUGAUUUUCUGUGUCAAGGCUCAGAACAGCAAGAAGAUCAACUCUCACCGUUGGUUGUUCAACGGUUUCGGCCGUAUCCUGAACCCUGAGGUCUGCAUUCUGCUCGACGCCGGUACCAAGCCCAGUCCCAGGUCGCUCCUCGCCCUAUGGGAGGGUUUCUACAACGACAAGGAUCUUGGUGGUGCCUGUGGUGAAAUUCACGCUAUGUUGGGUAAGGGCGGAAGGAAGCUCCUGAACCCGCUCGUGGCCGUGCAGAACUUCGAGUACAAGAUCUCCAACAUCCUGGAUAAGCCCCUGGAGAGUGCCUUCGGUUACGUUAGUGUCUUGCCCGGUGCCUUCUCGGCUUAUCGAUUCCGAGCUAUCAUGGGUCGCCCACUCGAGCAGUACUUCCACGGUGACCACACGCUGUCCAAGAUUCUCGGCAAGAAGGGUAUUGACGGCAUGAACAUUUUCAAGAAGAACAUGUUCUUGGCCGAGGAUCGUAUCCUCUGUUUCGAGCUGGUCGCCAAGGCCGGCCAGAAGUGGCACUUGAGUUACAUCAAGGCGGCCAAGGGUGAGACUGAUGUGCCCGAGGGUGCUGCCGAGUUCAUCUCCCAGCGUCGACGAUGGCUCAACGGUUCAUUCGCCGCCAGUUUGUACUCAUCGAUGCACUUUGGCCGUAUGUACAAGUCUGGCCACAACAUCAUCCGAAUGUUCUUCUUCCACGUCCAGGCACUGUACAACUUUGCCAACCUUGUCUUCUCCUGGUUCUCGCUCUCGUCGUACUGGCUCACUACCUCAGUCAUUAUGGAUCUGGUGGGCAACCCCCAAUCGCAAGACAACGCGUCGGCCGACGCUGUCGGAUGGCCCUUCGGUAACACGGUCACGCCAUACUUCAACGCAGUCCUGAAGUACCUCUACCUGGGUUUCGUCAUCCUACAGUUCAUCUUGGCCCUGGGUAACCGGCCCAAGGGUUCCAAGUACACCUACAUUGUCUCGUUCGUCGUCUUCGGCCUUGUGCAGCUCUACAUCCUGUUCGACUCUGGCUACCUGGUCUACCGCGCUUUCCACGGCGGUCUCGGUCUUGACACAGACAACACGGGUGACUUCCUGAAGAGCUUGUUUGGCGGCGAUUCUACCGGAGGUGUCCUGCUGCUGGCCCUGUUCACCAUCUACGGCAUGUACUACCUGGCUUCGUUCAUGUACCUGGACCCAUGGCACAUGUUCCACUCCUACCCCUACUAUCUGUUGCUCAUGUCGACCUACAUCAACAUUCUCAUGGUGUACGCCUUCAACAACUGGCACGAUGUUUCUUGGGGUACCAAGGGAUCCGACAAGGCCGAGGCACUCCCGUCUGCCAACAUCGUCAAGGACGACAAGGGUGAUGGCCCGGUCAUCGAAGAAAUCGAGAAGCCUCAGGAGGAUAUCGACAGCCAGUUCGAACAGACGGUCAGGCGUGCGCUUGCUCCCUUUAAAGAGGAGGUUGAGGAUGAGAAGCCCGACCUCGAGGAUGGUUACAAGUCUUUCCGAACGGGUCUGGUCGCCUCUUGGUUGUUCUCCAACUGUCUUUUGGCGGUGGUCAUCACCUCAGAAAACUUUAACGGUCUCGGUAUCGGCUCGAACUCAACCGCGCGUACCGCCUGGUUCUUCAAGGUUCUGCUGUAUGCCACUGCUUUCCUGUCCAUUAUUCGUUUCAUCGGCUUCUGCUGGUUCUUGGCGUUUUUGGCUGUUCCAUUUGGCAUUUGUAAAGACAAAGAGGUACUAGACACGUUGCCACCACCGCCAUCUCAGUCUCUCUCUCGAUCGCCCACGCCUCGCACGCGACUCUCGACAUCGUCUCCUAAACCCACCCGACACCCCUCAUCGCAAACCCAAGAACACCGAAACAGAGUCCUGGGGCAGCCACCCAACACACAGGCAGGCAAGAUGUUGAAGAUAUGGUCGAUGAAGAAGGAGCAGCAGAAGGCGGACGCGGCGGAGGGGGCGGCAGCAGGAGGGAAGAAGAAGAAGGUGACAGCGGCGCAGCUGCGGGUGCAGAAGGACCUUUCGGAGCUGUCGCUGGGGACGACGAUGCGGACCGAGUUUCCGGACCCGGACGACAUCCUCAAGUUUGUGUUGACCAUCGAGCCCGACGAAGGCAUGUACCGCGGCGGCCGCUUCACCUUCGACUUCGACAUCAACCAAGGGUUCCCGCACGAGCCUCCAAAGGUCCGCUGCUCCCAGAAGAUCUACCACCCAAACAUCGACCUCGAGGGGAAGGUCUGCCUCAACAUCCUGCGCGAGGACUGGAAGCCCGUCCUCAACCUCAACGCCGUCAUCGUCGGCCUCCAGUUCCUCUUCCUCGAGCCAAACGCGAGCGACCCGCUCAACAAGGAGGCCGCCGAGGACCUCCGCAACAACCGAGAGGGCUUCAAGCGCAACGUCCGCUCUAGCAUGGCCGGAGGGUCCGUCAGGGGCGUCAGCUUCGACCGGGUGCUGAAGUGA